AUGUCUUCUGAGGCGGUGAAAAAGCAAAUUCUCAAUGCAAUCAGUGCAUUAAACAUUCCAUUGGCUCGUUUGCCUGGUGGACAAAAGGUAGCUGAUGCGUGUUCUGCCGCAAAACUACUUCGAAAUCGUGUUUUAAGAGAGCAUGCGCGUGUAGAGGAAAAUAUUGAGGCUCUCCGACAGAAACAGCUUUAUGAUGAUAGCGAUAGCGACGGCGAAAAUGAGAAAAAGUUUGAAAGCGAGAAUAUGGGAUUUUCCUCUGAUGUUCGAAAGUUGGCACGGCAGGAUUUUAUUUUUAUAAGUGAAAUGAUGGUGAUGGAAAAUGUUGUGAUUCCACUUCUUUUGGCUCAUGGGAUGAAUUUUACCUCCACACUUUUGCCGCAAUUGCUUAAACUACUAACGGCUAUGCUGUUGCCAGUUCCCUUGUAUUCAAUGGAGAGACCGCGUCAGUUGGAUUUUGUUCGUCGUCUCAUGGAACGAUGCGGAACGAACGAGUUUUUUACACUUUUGAUUCAGUCAGUAGCUCCAGUGGCCGAAAAGCGUUCAAGCGGCGUUAUGCAAAAAGACGAUGUUGUCUUGCUUGAAGUCGUUUUGAAAAUGAUCACGCUUUUUUUUACUGGACCAAAAGAAACCAUGCCACCGGUGAUUGGGGCUUUUGCUAGAAAUCAUGGUAUUGAGCUUUUUCUUGUCAUUAUUAAUCAGAACUAUGCCAGGAGCGAAUCAAAGAAGGUUUCAAGUGAUAUAAACACCUUGGAGGGGGAGUUAUACCCCAAUUCUGAUCAAAGGACGAAUAAUGCGUCUAAUGUUGUUUUUUUGGAUGAUUCAAACGAAAAGGAAGUGGAAAUGGUUGUAUUGGGCGAGGAAAUUGCGAUAGAAUUGGACGACAAACAAGUUCGCAUGAAGCAAAAAAUAAACAAUGAUGGAGUUGAGGAUGGUGACGAAGAGGGGGAUGAAGAGGAAGAGGCAGAUGAAGAGGGAACGGAAGGUGAAAGCUAUGACAGUGAUGCAUCUUCUACAGAAGAAAAUCAGAAUGUUUUGGAUCAAUAUAAUGCUCACAUUAUAGAACUCUUGGAAUGCGAUGAACAACUAUGGAAGUGGAAUAUGCACAUAGUUACGGCUAUGUCAGCCAUCCUUCGUUCUGCGAAUCCAGUGGAACUGGCGCAACUAGGAUUUGCGUCAAAAUUCCAGCAACAAUUCUCACAGCAAAUGGUGGGACUUUUUGAAAGUGGAAAACGUCUUCGCGAGUGCAAGAGGGAGUUAGAUCGCUGGAGACACGUGGCAAAAAGUUGCAAUGGAGCUAUCAGUUCAAAUGGUGUACUUGUGCGUGGUACAUCUUCUUACCGUAUGCAAGGAGAAAUUGGGGCAAUGGGUUGUACUUCAACGCUUCUUGGUUUAAGAAGCAAAGAUCCACUGGAAAAGGUUCAAGACAUAGAUUUGCGAAAAAAAGGUCGUUUUAUUAAAGGUAUAUCUGAUGAUUCUAACAUGUCAUGGAUUCUACCAUUGCCAACAAAGAUACAACUUUCUCAACAAUGUCUUUCUUUUAUUUGUUUUGGCUUUGAACCCCUAAAUAUGAUGGUAUGGAGUCGACUAGCACAUAUUAUUGAGGGGUUUGAUAGCGUUGUCAGGGAACGCAACGAGUUGAUAUCAGGAUACAAAACCUCAGGUGAGGAUAUAGAGCUCCCUACUCAGAUUGAAAAAUCUGUUUUAGAAUCAGCACAAACAGUUCUUGAUUACAUAAACAUAUGUGCAUCAUUACUUCGUUAUACACGGGAGGUGGUUCGCUUAAACCGAGAAGAAAAUGAUGAGGUUCCUUCUGAUGCUUUUCAUCAACAGUGGAAAUGUAUCUCUAGUGUUAUUUCGCUUGAUCAUAUUCGUUAUGGGUUUGAGUUGCUUCGUGUGUUUUUAGCCUCCCCCGAUCUUAGACGACGAUUUGAUGUAGUAAAUGUGAUAACUUAUCUAGCCGAAUUAUUUAUGACUCUGAAUCUCUUGAUUGAUGGUUAUAUUGUAAAAGAUACAGCUGUAGUAGUUGCCGCACAUGCCUUGGCCUCAUCCGUACUUUAUAACGAAGGAAACAUUACAUUAAUCUUUGAGUCCGUUUCGAGGUUUUCCGCCAAGGUUUUGCCACCAGGUAAGGCUGGGAUAAUUGUAUUAUUGGUAUACUCUGUUCUUAGUCUCAUGGAAAAAUGUAGUUUUAGAGGAAGUGUACUGUUUCCUAAACGUGAGAAGAAGAAUGACUCAAGUGUGAAAUAUGAAGCGGAAGAUACGGGUAAUGCAGAUAUUUUGGAAAUGAAUAGGCAAACCGACGUGGAUGGUUUGAAUCCUUCGGAGGAGAUGCAAAACAGAUCUGGGGAUGAAGAGAAUCCCAUUGUCGAAGUGAAGGAGAGUGAGGUGGUGAUGGCUUCACCUGUACCACUUUUUCUGAAGGAUGUGCAUGUGAAUCAGGAGGUGGUUAUCUCACCCACAGGUGAGGAGCGAGGAACUUUAUCGGAAAACGCAUCAUUAACUUCAAGUAGUCAUGCUAAUUUUUCCACCUUAAGUUCUGAGAGGGAGGUGAGUAUAGCAAACUAUUUUAAAAGAAUCGCCACAACAAAAAACAUGAGAGUUAUUCUUGCCUCCCUUCGUCAUUGGAGAGCAAAUGAUGUGGAUGUAAACAGUGGUUUAGUGUAUUUGAUUCGUGCCUUUCUUCUUGAUGGGUCUGGAUGUGUCUUCUUUAAUGCUCCAUUUUUGCUCAUAAUGAGGGAUAUUUUAACCCAUGGUGAACAUUCUCAUUAUGCACUAUAUCGUGUGUGCGAUCAAGUGGUUUAUGAUUUUUUUAAUCCGUCGUUUGCAAAGUUCCUUGAUGAGAAGAGGGGCGCUCAGCACGACUUUGCGUUGCCUGUUUUGGGAGGAGCACAGUCGUUUCUUGGAUUUGAAGUUUCCCUGCGGUGUGUGCGUUCUCUUUUUAAUUUGGCUUUCACGGAUUACAGCAUUUUGGAAGAAAAAGGUCUUCCUCAUUUAGCAGACUCCACAGUCAUCCCAUUAAUGCACGAAGCUCACACCGAUGAGGAGGCGGUUCAUGACACUUCCUCAUUGGCCCAGGUCUCACCUGUAAAGAAACGCCGCAGAAACAAGCGGGUGUCUUUACCAGAAAAUGAUGAAAAUAUAGACGGAAAAACUGCAGAGUUGUUUCCAGUUGAUUUUCCCAUAGAAGUUCAGAUAGAAAAACACAUUGAUGAAGUGACCUCCGAAGAGUUUAAAGUAUAA